ACAAUGUAACUUUCAUUUUCAGUUUAUGCCAGAAAAUGGUGGACGAGACAGAAAUUAAUGACGGUUCCUUGCUCAAAUAUAUUUAAGAGUUGAUUCCUAAUACAACAGUACAGUUGAAUAGUAAUCAUUCGUGUAAGUCCUAAAUGAGGCGUCGUUUGGUGUUUUCUUUUAAUUUCAUUUCGCGUUGAAUCAAUAGGCUUCUCACACACCGUGCGCACUGCACAGGUAUCAGCGCGACCAGCCACAAAACUAAAGUGCUUUUAUAAUGUUAGAUGAAUCAUCAGAGCCAGGGUGGCUAUCCGAAGAAGUCAAAACUGGGACCACCAUCAUUGCUAUUGAGUUUGAUGGAGGUGUGGUGCUGGGCUCUGACUCUCGAGUGUCUGCUGGGGAGACUGUGGUGAACCGGGUGAUGAACAAGCUCUCUCUCCUCCAUGACAAGAUCUACUGCGCCCUGUCAGGCUCGGCUGCAGACGCCCAGACCAUUGCUGAGAUGGUCAACUACCAGCUGGAUGUGCACAGCAUUGAGGUUGGGGAGGAUCCUCAAGUUCGUUCAGCUGCCACUCUGGUGAAAAACAUCUCGUACAAGUACAAAGAAGAGCUGUCAGCACAUCUCAUUGUUGCCGGGUGGGACAAGAAAGGAGGGGGACAGGUGUAUGUGACCCUGAAUGGCCUGUUGUCCAGACAACCCUUUGCGGUCGGCGGCUCCGGAAGCUCCUACGUCUAUGGGUUUGUUGAUGCAGAGUACCGGAAGGCCAUGAGCAAAGAGGACUGCCAACAGUUUGUUGUCAACACACUUUCAUUGGCCAUGAGUCGAGAUGGUUCCAGCGGAGGUGUGGCCUACCUUGUCACUAUUGAUGAAAAAGGUGCAGAGGAGAAAUGCAUCCUGGGCAACGAGUUGCCCACAUUUUAUGAUCAGUGAACACUGGCUUGUGGAAACAGUAACACUGAAGUUGUCGUAGUUAUGAAACAGUGAGUGGACAUAUGGCCACCUUACGAACAAACAGUACUAUUACAUCUACACAGGAUAGAGAAUGUUUGGAUAGGGGUAUGAAUCAUGCUGGCACAAUGUCAAAUAUUCUCACUACACAUGCCAUUUUCAAAAUUAUGCAUAAUUGUUAUGCCCUCUGUUGAAGACACUGAUUUUAUUUUGGGUAGCCAGGGACCUGAAGCUGGACUGUGUUUUUGGGUGAUUCACAAGUAAAUUCAACUUUCCCAUGGAUAUUUCUCAGCAUGUUUUUUUCAACCCCAAAACAACUAUUCAAGAAGUCUUCUUCCACCUUCAAAAGUAAUGCUAAUUUGAGUUAUUAUGAUUAUGUCUACCAUAUAUAAUGACGCGUUCAAAGCAACUGGGAACUCGGAUAUCUCUGACUUCCGACUUCAGUGUGUUCAAAACAACUGGGAACUUGGAAAUAAACUAGCUCUGACUGGGAAAAAUCGUUUUGAAUGUUCAUCCAACUUGGAAUUCCAACUCAGGAACUCUGGCCUCUUUCUAGAGCUCCGAACUUUCUGACCUGAAGAUCACUGACGUCAUGAUUUCACCUCGUAUUUUUCUGAGUUCCCAGUUGCAUUGGUGAGGCCAUGGGAAUAUUCGUAUCAAAUUGUAUUAAUUUUAGGUGAUUAGUCAUCAGUUACAAAGUGGAUAUGAAGCCUGGCUUAAAAUAAUUAUCCUAACGUAAGUUCUCCUGCUACGAAAAGUCAAAUCUGAUGUUAAUUUGACAAAAGCUGGAUUCCUUCAAACCAUGACCGGUUCUUCGGCUGUCCCCAUAGGAGAAACCUUUGUGAUUCCAGGUAUAACCUUUUUUGGUUCCAGGUAUAACUAUUUUGGGUUCCAUGUAGAACCUUCUGUGGAAAGGGAUCUACAUGAAACCCAAGAGGCUUCUUCAAAAGGUUCUCCUCUGGGGAGAGCUGAAGAGCCCUUUUAGAUUCUAGAUAGCACUUUUUUUCUAAGAGUGUAGGGUAAACCUGUUACCAUAGAGUACCACAGUAUGAGUCAUAAAACCUAGUGGUCAAACAGUGAAAUUGUUCCAAUCGCUUUUCCACCAUUCAUAUUUCCCAUAGGGGAUUUUAGAAACACUUAAAAUAAGGGCUGUGUUUCAUUUUAGGCUUACCCUGGCGGGAAGUUUUUAAAUUUUUUGUAACUGUAAAUCUCUCUAGGACAAGGGGACUUUUAUCAAUAUACUGUAUUUGCAUGUAUUUACCACUGUAUUUGCGUGUAUUUAACAAAGGUAAGAAUCUUUGGAUUAUCUAUCUAAUGUUAGUUAAAAUGUAGUAAUGAAUAAAUUGGCUACAUUUCUUUCAA